UGAAAUUCUAGGGAAUUGCUUCUUUGUAUAGGUCGCUUGAUAUUAGAAAAAAAGAGUUUCGUAUUGUUCACAUAUUACUAGUGUAGUGUUGCCGAGUCUGUGCUUGAACUGUCGAGUCAAAUAAAUGGGCAUUGGAUGGAUCCUCUAUAAACAAACAUGAAACAAGUCGGUCGUUAGUCGUUACUAGCUGUUUUGAGAGAUCAGCCUCCGAUAAAGAGGCCGACAACUGAUUUUUUCUGCAGAUAAAACGUUGUACAUUUUCUUCUUCAUUUUUUUAUUGAGGAAGAAGAAGAAGGAGAGUAUCAUGGCGGUGGUGGUUGGCUCGUCCAUUCAAUCACGGAUUCUCUGCAGCUUCCUUGGAGACUCUAGUUUUGUUCGACCAUCUCCAGCCAGUGCCCUUCACCGUCUCUUCCGCUAUAACCCAGGAGGAAAACAUGUUUCUAUGCAACUAUCACGAGCAUUUUCUGGAUUAGCCAACCUAUUAUUCUACAAUAGAAGAAAUAUAGAGGAAGUGCCUAACAGCAAACGUAAAUGUUUGAGGCCAGGGAAGGUGUCACCUCGUCGACCUGUUCCUGAUCACAUAUUACAGCCUCCAUAUGCAAAUUCUCAGAAAUCACCGGGAAUUUCUGGUGGACCUGAAGUGCAUGAUGAACUUGGAAUCGAAAAAAUGAGGGCAUCAGGAAGACUUGCUGCGCAGGUUCUUCAGCAUGCUGGGACUUUGGUGAAGCCAGGCAUUACAACAGAUGAAAUUGACCAAGCAGUUCACAACAUGAUCAUUGACAAUGGAGCAUAUCCUUCACCUCUUGGUUAUGGUGGGUUUCCUAAGAGCGUAUGCACAUCAGUAAAUGAGUGCAUUUGCCAUGGGAUUCCAGAUUCACGGGAACUUGAGGAUGGUGAUAUUGUCAAUAUUGAUGUCACAGUUUAUCUUAAUGGGUACCAUGGUGAUACAUCAGCAACAUUCUUUGUUGGAGAUGUUGCUGAGGAAGCUAGAAAAUUGGUGCAGGUAACUAAGGAGUGCUUAGACAAGGCAAUAUCUAUCUGUGCACCGGGGGUGGAAUUUAAUAAAAUUGGCAAGACUAUCCAUAAUCUUGCAGAUGAACACUGCUAUGGAGUUGUUGAACAAUUUGUUGGCCACGGAGUAGGACGUGUUUUUCACAGUGAUCCAGUCAUUCUACAUUACAGGAAUAAUGGUCGCGGACGCAUGCUUCUAAAUCAGACGUUUACCAUUGAACCAAUGCUGACCAUUGGCAGCAUAAACCCGAUAAUGUGGGAUGAUAACUGGACGGUGGUGACAGAGGAUGGGAGCCUAUCAGCACAAUUUGAGCACACAAUCCUGAUAACUGAAAAUGGUGCUGAGACACUGACUCAGUGUUAGCAAAGCACGAAUAUCUUUUCUUAAAGAUAAUAGAAGGAAGCCAUGGAACAGGUUCCUUUCCAAGCUACAAACACAUUUGUUCGCUCAGAUUCAGUCACCUCCAGUUUAGAAUCUUCUUCUCUCCAAGGUUGGGGGGCCAAUGUGAUAAUCUUUUCUUUGAUUUUUGAUGAAAGGUCGUUUUGCAAGACAGACUCCAUAGGACAUGAUUGUGUAACUACAGCAUUUUUUCCAGUUCUCGUGAUCUCGCUGUUUAUUAUUUAAGGGAUAUUCAUUCCUGAAUGGUGUGGGUCUUGUCUCUGUAACGUGAGACGUCACACCACUGAAGUUGGAAGUUUGGCAGUCCAUUUUAUUGGUAGGUAUAUCUUCUUUGUAAAAAAAAACGGUGUCUCCAAUUCUUGCAAGGCAAUUGAGGGCCUGUGUUUGAGUAUAGCUCUCCAAUUCUCUGAGUUUUAGUCUAAGAAUUGGAGACGCGCUGCAAACCUCAUUCAACCGACUCUCAUGUCUUUGCCAACAAACUGGAAACGCCGCCCUUUACAAAGUACAGUAGGAUGAUGAGGUGGUUUCGUA